GUGAUCAUUAUGGUAGCCACUAGACCUACCUGUGGCACUGAAUAUUUGAAAUGUGUCUUGGUUUCUGUAGCUGAAUUCUGAUGGACGGAAGAUAGUUUCAUUUUAUAUUUUCCCUUUAUACUGGAAGAGAACAAGGAGAGAGCAAAAAAAGCAUGUGCCACAUUGUCAAAUUGCUAACUUUACAUUUUCUCUCUAAAAUUAUGGAGCUGAACAGAUGACAGGAAUCUCAUAACCAGCUAAAUAUGGAACACGAUAUGAUGCUAAAUUGAGUUCAAGCCUACAACUGCUUUAAGGACAAAUAUAUACAGUAAUGUUGAAAGAGUCUGGAUUGAUAAAUGUGCUUGUUCUCAUCUACUAAAGUGAAAAGCAGACUUCCAUAUGCUCUGAAAUAUAUUUUAGAAUAUUAAAGUUCAGAAAAUGACAAUGGGGUUUAGUUAGAUAUAGAUAGAAGUCUCUAGGAGAAGGUAAUUUACUUUUCAGUCAUUGUGUAGAUAAAUGUACAAAGUCACAUAUAUUUCUUCAGUUAAUUGUCAGGAUUUGGGUCCCACUAUCCACCAAAAGCUAGAAGCUACUUUGAGGAUAACAUAUUUACAUGUUAUACAGUGUAGAAGGAGUAACACAAAACUAAAAAUCUCCAGAGAUCGGACCCCUUGCCAACUUGUGAUUUAGACCUGCGGCUCUCUGUGGAGAACAGCAUCUCUACUGCUCUAAACUUCCGGGAGUCUUAAUGAAGAAUUCAGUAUAUGUAUAUGCAGGUCAACAGACCUGCUUAGGAAGGAUGAUGGUGAAGAAAAUCAGUUUACUCACAGAGGGAAUGGGAUGCCUCUGGGGAGGUGGGAGUAGUUCCCAGUGAAAAGUAAGUGUCAAAGAGUUUGCUAUGACCUCAUGUUAUUGUUCUAUUGAAUAACAUCAGUUGUUCUUAAUGUGAGGGUUAAAGACAUACCAUAUCUAUAUGAGAAGUGGACAUGAAAGGCUAGCCACAAAAUGACAGUUGUAGUUAUUUUAACACAAUUUUGAUAGUAUCAAUAAUAUUCUAUCAUUUUACAUCUUGGUACUUGCCUAGGUUGGGCUUUCCAGAAAGCAGAUGCUGACAUAAAAUUAAGGUUCACUGGGGAGUAACAAGUCUGAAAGGAAAAGGGGUUAGGCAGGGAGAGCAGCCAUAAGAUGAUGCAGAUUUGACCAAGUACCUGCUCAACAGUUUGGUGAGUUUGGCUUAAAGAGGUCUGGCGUUACAAAAGAACAGCUUAGGCAUUGUCCAACUGCCUCAUCACUGAGUGGCUGGAUGCUGUCCAGAAAAGGGCAUCACUUCAGGAUUAAAGCCUCAAAGCCAAUAACCGGAAGAUGCUGGUGGCCCACAUUCCUUACAGCUAAGCAGACCGAACUUUCCUGAAAGAGAAUCUGGGGCAGAUAUUCUACCCAGGAUAGCAUGCAGCACUUGUAAACAUUUGGGUGGUUGUAUUUGGAGAUGCAAUUUGAUUGGGCUCGCAAGAAGUGUUAGUCAACUACAGUAAAAUUCUACAGUUCCACUUGAGGUGGCUUCGGGUAAUGAAUCACCAUCAGUUUUUUUUAGAUCUCUUAAGAGGAUUUCUACUUCAUCCCCAAGGAGUGGCUCCCAGGGGACAUGUGAGCAUCUUGUUUUGUUGUGGUCGUAGGUUAGUUGACAUGGGAAAAAGUGAUCAGAAAGCCUCUUAUGCAGAUGACAAGAAAGCAUCAUAAUUUCCUGCGGAUGAAAAAGGGACACCUUCGCAGCCGGGACACGGAUGGGACGCCGGCGGAGCCAGCGAGCAUGCGCGUCCGCCCCGAGCAUGCUCAGUAGCUCGCGCGGCUCCCCGGAGCUGCGGCGCGGAUCGGCGAGCGACGCGGAGGUCUCCGGCGGAGCCGAGGGAGCGACAGGAAGUGAAGCGGCCCCGCCGGGCGAGCGCGGCGGCAGAACCCGGGGCGGCGGAAGGGGCUCGGCGGCGGCGGCGGCGGCGGCGGCGGCGACGUCGUCCACCGGGGAGGCCGAAGGACCUGAGCCCCGAGGGGACACGCCCGCUCGGAAGCCAGACCCCGAGGCGGGCAGGAUGGACCACCACCAGCCGGGGACUGGCCGCUACCAGGUGCUUCACAAUGAAGAAGAUAAUUCAGAAUCAUCUGCUGUAGAGCAGCCAUCAACUUCUAACUCCACAGCACCGACUUCGGAAGCUGCUUCUUCAGCACCAGCACUGGAAACGGACUCUUCUCCUCCUCCUUACAGUAGCAUUACUGUGGAAGUACCUACAACUUCAGAUACUGAAGUUUACAGUGAGUUUUACCCCGUGCCACCUCCAUACAGUGUUGCUACCUCUCUUCCUACGUAUGAUGAAGCUGAAAAGGCCAAAGCUGCUGCCAUGGCAGCUGCAGCAGCAGAAACACCUCAAAGAAACCAGGAGGAAGAGUGUACACCAAGAGAUGACUUCAGCGAUGUAGACCAGCUUAGAGUAGGCAAUGACGGCAUUUUCAUGCUGGCGUUUUUCAUGGCAUUCAUUUUCAACUGGCUUGGAUUCUGCUUGUCCUUCUGUAUCACCAAUACCAUAGCUGGGAGGUAUGGUGCUAUCUGCGGAUUUGGCCUUUCUCUGAUCAAAUGGAUCCUUAUUGUCAGGUUUUCUGACUAUUUUACUGGCUAUUUCAAUGGACAAUAUUGGCUUUGGUGGAUAUUUCUUGUACUUGGCCUGCUCCUUUUCUUCAGAGGAUUUGUUAAUUACCUAAAAGUCAGAAACAUGUCUGAAAGUAUGGCAGCUGCACAUAGAACAAGAUACUUCUUCUUACUAUAGAGACUGCAUCAACCCAACAUUCCUUCUUACACCAAUGUGAAGUGUCCACGUCAUCUGUAAGCCUGCAGCUUUGCUAAGAUAGAAGACGACUGAGAGCAGAAGAAAACUUAGUGAAAGGUGGAACUUCGAAAUCCAUGGCAGGGGGUUUAUGCUUAACAGCCAUGUCUGCUCAUUCUUUAGUUAUCUGUAUUUCGUUUAUUUUGCACAUUUGCAUAUGUGCCUAUGUAAAAGAUAUGCAUAUACUUGAAAGAAUCCGUAAAGUUGUUGCAGCAAAGUCCAGUCACACUUGGUUAAUCAGUGUUUGAUAGAGUUGGAAGAGGUGAGUGAUAAACCCUUCCAGCAUGUAAAUGCUUCUGACGUGACCACUAGUGUAAUAAACAUUACAUUAUUAAUCUUGUCAAAUGCUUUAGUUUCUGGCACUUAGAUUCACCUGGUAAUUCCAAACAUUGAAAUAUUCUUUGCUAUAGAUGAUGUUUAUUAAAACUUGCAGUGUGAUUAUUAGAAAAGAGUUGUCAGAUUUUUGGAUAUGGUAUUAUUUAGGAAAACUCUUGUAAAUAACCGUGCAUACAUUGCUUUUUUCAUUCUUAGAAAUUGUGUCUAGAUUUCUUUUCAUUAAUUUAAAAUUAGGUAAACUAAAUAUACAGAAAUAAACUUUGUUAAAGAUAGCGUGGUUUCAGAUGAACUUUAAGAAAAUGUGAGUAUACCAAAUGUCCUUUAAAGAAAAAACAAAAAGCUAAGAGGCAAUACUAGUUUUAGGGAUUUUCAAAUCAGAAACUUAGAUUUAAGGAUUACUCACCUUACCAAUUCUUACAAGAAGAUAUUGCAGUAGAUCUUAUAUUUAUUUACAUCUAAGACAAUUUAAAGAAUUAAUUUACCAAAUAUAUUCUCAUUUGCAUUU